AUGCCGUCGAGAGUCAGGAAACCUUCGGUCUCAUCGAAAGCUACAGGUUCCGGAAAGGGUGCAAUUCCUGGAAAGGGAGGAAUCCCCAUUAAGGGUGGAGCUCGAUCCAAAGGGACGCCAACGAAAGAGACAUCCACCAAACGGGGAAGACCGCAGAGACGAAGAGGAACCAAAGCGAAAGAUAAAAUCAGGAGGGGCAAGUAUACGCUGAAGCUGAAAGGAUGGCUGAAAACACCGGCCGAUUGGACGCGUUUCAAUGCGUGGACAAAGGUCAACGCGUUGCCGAAGAAAGUUCCAGCCCCUGAGCCAAUAGUUCGACCAUCGAAGCCGUUGUCACAGCUGAGGAAAAGAAUGAAAGUCCUAGCGAGACACCGCGAACGACCCGAUCUGAGUGUACACUGUAGAUUGGAUUUCAGUAUUUCGAAAGCUACGUUGAAGUUCAAACCGUCGGAAAAAUUGUUGCUCCUGGCUAUACCGAACGUGAGGCUCUGCGAUUACGGUCGGGUAUUUUACAAAGUUUCUCCUGCCGCCUUGAAGUAUGAAGCAUCCGAUAGGAUUCGCGAGUUGAGCUUACCUCGGGGCACUAAAAUCGAGAAAGACAAUUGCGGCGAGUCGGUGAAGACGAAGGGAUCCUGCUCGUCGUUGACCAGCGAAGAUAAACAAUGUAUCGACGAAGGAAGGUUGAACGAAUUGGCGAUGUCGAAGAAAGUGAUGUACUCGAGCAAUGAACUGUCGCCUGAAGAAAUCGCACGACUAUUCACGCCUUUCGGUGUAAAAAGAACGGCACUCCUGUACAAGAUCACACCGUGGAUGGACUAUCUGGCGUUGCCGAAAUACGUGGCGAUAAAGUACAUGAAGGAGGAGCCAGCGAAGACUUGGAAGAAACGGAUAAUCAAGGAAGGUGAGGAGAGGGGUAAAUCAGCCCUGGCCAAGCAGCAAAAGAAAGGGGGAAGGAAAAGGAAGUACAGUGAAAUAAAGGAGGGAGAAUCUAAAAAGGGCGAGGGUGAUGACGGAGAUAAAGGAGACGAAGAAAAGGAUGAAGACAAGCAGAAGACGACAGAAGAAAAAGAGAAACAGGCUAAGAAAAGAAAAUUGGAGAAACACGCGUGGAGGUAUACACCGUAUCCGUGCCAAGAUGAUCCUUACAACGUGAAAAAGGGAGCUUUGAAAGGGAAAGUACCACCUGGUACAGAAAAAUUGGCCAAACCGAACGUCCGUGAGAGUACAGCCGUCAAAGCUAAUCCCUUCGGCGUGAGGAAAAGCGCCCUGUCCGCUUCAGCGUCCGGAAGGGUAGAAACACUGGCGAAACCGAACAGACCUCGAAGUCCCGUGGAAAGAAAACCACCGCGCGAGAAAGACGAGUACGGAAAACCGAUUUUCGAGCUGCCUCCGUACGGGAAAGUUUUACCAAAAACUAAACCAUACAAAAUGGGCGAGUGUCCGUCGAAGGAGAAGAAGAAAGUCCGCAAGAAGCGACCGAUCGAUCCGAUCGCUUACGAACAAACUUACGAUCCCUGUAUAUUUCCGGAAUUGGCGAAGAAACAGAAGAGGGAACGGAAAAGGGCUGAGAAACUGUCACCGAAGAAGAGUAAGAAACGAAGACAGAGAGCAACGAAGGACCAGCCGAAAAAAGGAGAACAGGAUCAAGAACCAGAGGAAAAACAAGAGCAAGAAGAAGGACAAAAGAAAAAUCAAGAAGAAGAAGAAACAGAAUAG